ACCCAGAAGCUUUUGGCGAACCGCGUUUAAACUGAAAGGACGAAGAAGAAAUAGUUAGGGAAGCUUUCCAAACAAAAUGUAUUACAUAAAAAGCUCUUCAGUCUGGGAACGUUGACAUUUAAACCUAUCGACAAUACACGGAAAUUACCAUAAUUGACGCCAAUUGAGUCACUCUACUUGAAGUCUGAACUUGUUGAAGAGAUGUCCUCUCAGGUCAGACUGAGGCUGCUGCCGAGUUCCCGGUGUUUGUUUGAUGACUCCAUUCAGUUGAAGGUGGCCGGCCUCAGAUCAAGACAGGUGGUCACCAUGAGAGCCAGAUCCACUGACGAGAAGGGAGUGGUCUUCAGCUCUGCAGCCACCUACAGAGCUGACGGAGACGGGGAGAUUCACCUGGAUAGAGACCCCUCACUCAGCGGGAGCUACACUGGGGUUGAACCCAUGGGUUUGCUGUGGUCCAUGAAAGUAGACACUUUGCACAAAAGGUUUCAAAAAACAAAAUCAAUGAACCCGCAUGUGGUGAAGUUUUCUGUGCAUGAGGGGGAGGAGGAGGGGAAGGGCAGGACGCUAGCAGAGCAGACUAAUGAGAGACUUCUGAUUGGAGACGGGGUCAGCAGGAUCCCUGUUAAAGAGGGGAAUAUUCGGGGAGUCCUGUUUACUCCCCCAGGACCAGGCCCUUUCCCUGCUGUGUUGGAUCUGUACACUUUUGGUGGAGGUUUGUCAGAGAAGAGAGCCUCUCUGCUGGCCAACCGAGGAUUUGUUGCUCUGACUGUACCGCUGUACGGCCAUGACGACAUGGCGAGGCAAAUCACAGAGAUCCAUCUGGAUUAUUUUGAAGAAGCAAUCAAGUUUUUAAGGAAACAUGAUAAGGUGGGCAGUAAAGGAGUUGGUGUGAUAUCCCUUUCAAAGAGUGGAGACCUUGCCCUUUCAGUAGCUUCUUACCUGUCUGGUGUUGCAGCCACAGUGUGGAUCAAUGGCUGCUCUGCCAAUACAAUUUUUCCUAUCUACUAUAAGAAGAGCCAACUCCUCCCUCCGCUGCUAUUUGACAUGAGCAAGAUAGUUCUCCACAAGUCAGGAGCCAGCAUUAUCAAGUAUGGAGUUCAUGAUCCCCAGGCAGAGGAGAACAAGGCCACCCAGGUCCCCGUUGAAAAAGCAAAGGGACGUUUUCUCUUUGUGGCUUCAGAGGACGACUUGAACUGGGACAGUAAGACUUACAUGGACAUGAUGGCGAAGAGACUGACGCAUCAUGGGAAGGACAACUUUGAGUGCGUGAGUUACCCUGGAGCAGGACAUUACCUGGAGCCACCUUAUGGACCUUACUGCCCCUCUGCCUUUCAUGGGGUUGUGGGAAGAGUGGUCCUGUGGGGGGGUGAGCCCAGGCCCCACGCAGCAGCAGAAGUCCACAUGUGGGUGAAGAUCCAGGAGUUCUUCAGAGCUAAUCUGAGCUGUGAUGCUGCACACACUGCAGCCAAGUUAUAGGUGUGGAAAGGCUGAUUGGAAAGCGAUUAUCAAUCUGAGGAGCUGAAAAAUAUGUGUAGAAGAUAUGUAGAAAAAUCUGUACAGCACAAUCAAACAUGUGAAAAGCUUUUUGUUUAGUUUUUUCAUAUAGUUUUCCACUCAUGACGACUGCACAGGAGAUUUUAUUUUAUAUAACUCACAAUUUUACAUAAUAUAAAGACUUAAAGUUAUGGAUAGUUAGGGGCAAUCGGAUGAGUGACAGCUGGUCAGUCAGGUGUCACUUCAGCUAAUUGAGUCACUGAAUUAGACAUUUCUACUGUGUUUAUGUGUCUAAUAUCUUAAUUUAACAGAAAUGUUUAAACCAACUUUUUGGGGGAGUAAUUUCUAGUAUUAAUAUGUCAGUGCUAAUAACAUUAAUCAGCAGGUAUUCCUGUAUGAACUGAAUGUAUCUGGCUUGUCCAUUGUUUGACAUUGACUGUUUUUUAUGUCGCUGCGUCUUCAUGGGACUCAAAGAGUGUUGUUGGCUUUUCCCUUAUACAAUACUGCCAGCGAAUUGUUUGGCUGUAAUAAGAGUAAGGAAUUGUCAUACUGCUCUUAUGUGAUUUGAAAGCAUGAUGUAAAGUGUGAAAAUGUGGAAAUCAAUAAACGGUGGAUCAUAUUUAUGUAAGAAGUAUGGUUCAUUGAGACAGUUUUCUCACCGGCUGCAAUUUGUUCACCUAUUGCAAAAAAUAUUUACCUGCUGCAUCUUUUUUCACAUACUGCAAAAUGUAUCUCACAAACUUAACUACUUCUUUGUGAUUGGACUACACCUAAAUCCAUAACAACAGUCAAGGGUCAUUUCCUGUUUAUACAGGCCACAGGUAAUCCUGACAUUGAAUUUAUU